AUGGCCGCGGCCGAGUCAAGUACUUCGCAGGGCUCUCCAUACAGGCCGACACUGCAACACCUCUCGCAUGCUGAUCGACAACGAGAUCCAUUGACGAAGCCGCUGCGUGGAUUCAGCUCAUCAACUAUCCUACGCAGACUGAAACCAUACGAUCCUGAAUACGAAGAUGGUUUAACCUUCCGAGACGAUCCUCUGAAUGAGCAGGAGCUAGCUACAAUCUUUGUUGGUCUACACAUUGAGCCAGAAGAAGCAAAUCGAUUGCUGAAAGUGCUACACGCUCGCCGUGUCGAUGGCACAUUGGAUGUAUCCUUGGACGAAGACCUAUCGACAUUGCUCGACACCUUUCCUCAGUCAGAAGAACUAGCCCUAACAUGGCUGCGAAACACCUAUCCCGUUGACGAGGACGCCGCAAUUCUGUCCAGAUUUCAGCGCGAGGAGUCCCCUCGAGAACAGGAGAACCCUAGCGCAUUAAUGGAAAGAGGCCAGAGGUUGGGAUUGUUCAAAACACAGGAUCAAUCAAUACGGGAAGACCCCACGUAUUACGGCCCACAAAGCGGCGCUUACUACUCUCAAUUGAGUGAGAAGCAAGGCGAUGUCUUCGGCCGUUCAGAACUUGAGGAGCUUCGUGCUGCUAACGAGGCAAAGGCAGAAGAGGAGGAGAAUACGCUACAACAGCAGAUCGACCAGUCUAUGGCCCAGGCAGAAGCACAAGCGCAGAUACAAUCUCAGAAACAGCCCAAGAAGCAAUCGCAAGCACUAGAAAGAGCACCUGAGCAAGGCAUAGAACUAGCCGAUGGCAGACACGUUCGUCCUCCGAAUGAGUUCGAAAAGUGGAUAAUUCGAGCACAGCAGAAGGCUAGCACUGGUUUUACACUCGAUUCGCCUGAGAUUGCCAACUUGACAACUGCAGGUAGAAUUCUACCGAGCCUGCUGUUCGUGCUAGUGUCUUGUGCAGGCCUUUAUCUUUUUGCGCAGUACUGGGAACCACCUCGACGAAGCGAUCGUUUGAUGCCCAAUGUCAGCCUUUCAGUUGCCACGUGUAGCGGUAUUCUAGCUGCGAAUGUACUGGUCUUUUGCUUGUGGCGUUUUCCUCCUGCCCUGAGAUUGCUCAACCAGUACUUCCUUGUCAAUCCGGCGUACCCUUAUUGGUUCAGCAUGUUUGGUAAGACGUUUAGCCACUACAGCUUUCGACAUCUCCUGUACAAUAUGGUCUCACUUUUUAUCUUCGGUCCAAGUUUGCACGAGGAUAUCGGAAGAGGGAACUUUCUUGCAAUAUACCUUGCGGCUGGCCUUCUUGGAAGUUUAGUCAGCAUGAGUUCUUUCGUACUCAGAGGCAUCUUGUACACCUCUUCGCAAGGCGCUUCAGGUUGUACCUGGGGAAUCAUGAGUGCCUAUAUGUGGCUGCACAAGGACGACAAUUUCAGCUUGAUCUUCAUACCAAAGGAGUAUCAGGGUCAAGUGUAUGCAAAGGGUUGGAUGUUAUUAGGAGCUCUAGUCGUUUAUGAUGUGGUCGUGGGCUUACGUAAGAAGACGAUCGACGUGGCGGCGCACUGGACAGGUAUUGUGGUGGGCAUAGCAGCAAGCUCAGCAUGGAAGGUCGAACACGGGGACACCAUGAACCGUGAAGCCAGACCUGGCCUUCUGGCUAAUUUUAUUGAAGAGAUUCAGAAAAAGUUCACAGGGUAG